GGGAAACUCCUGGCGCUCGCCCCUACCACGGCGAGCGAAACGGCCACCACCUAACCGUUAACUACUUGGCUUUCCAUUACAACCUGCUUCCCACGUCUCUGCAGCACUCGCUCUAUAUAUUCAUCCCAAUACCCUUCCAUCGUCUUCUCCGUCGCUCUCUACUCAUUUCACGCUCUUUCUUCCCCUAAUUCUAAUCUUCUCUCCCUCUCGACAAUGGCGGCUGCUUCUGCUUCAUCAUUCACCUCCCUCAAGUCUCGCCCAGCUCCGGGCUUGGCGACGAUCGCCGCCGUGAAAUCCGGAGCUCCUCUGUCAUUCAGCUUCCGCCGCCCUGUUCCGGCCGUGUCUCGCCUCCGGAUCUCCUGCGCCGCGAAGCCAGAGACGGUGGAGAAGGUUGCCAAGAUCGUUAAGAAGCAGCUGGCACUGCCCGCCGAGACUCCGGUGACCGGCGACUCCAAAUUCGCUGCACUUGGUGCCGAUUCUCUCGACACAGUUGAAAUUGUAAUGGGUCUCGAAGAGGAAUUCCACAUCAGCGUCGAAGAGGACAGCGCACAGUCGAUAGCGACAGUUCAGGACGCGGCUGAUCUCAUCGAGGAACUGGUUCAGAAGAAGUGAGGUUAAAAAGCUGAAGAAAACUUCCAAGCAAUGAAUGAUCGCCCUAUUUCUCUCUAGUGCAGCUUCAUGCUUGUUAUUAUCUCUAUAAAUUAGAAGAAAUGUGCUCUUUGAAAACAAAAAACCCUCUUAA